AUGUCAAUGAGAAGACUAGUAAAGUUCGACGUUUUUCGGAACUUCAGAGAAGCCAUUAUCGAAGAAGUAUCCCACAAAUCCGAAGACCAUCAGUACACGGAAGAGGAGCUGAAGGAUUGUGAAGAUCGGUUAGUGGAAUUUGCUAAGAAACUCUCCGCGGAAGGGAAUGUUGCGGAUUUACGUAAACUGAUUGUGAUAACUCGUCCAUUUUACGACGUAAUUGGUAGAGCGAAGGCGAGCAAAUUGAUCCGUGUCCUCAUGGAAUACUGCCUCAUGAUCAAUCAGGACAAUAAGGAGAAAGUCAAGCUAGUGAAGGAUUGUAUCGAAUGGGCUACGGCAAAUAGCCGCCUGUUCCUUCGUCGAACCUUACAAGCACGGCUAAUUCGUCUCUACAACGACAUCGGACUCUAUGUCGAGGCACAGAAGAUAGCUGGUCCCUUGACUGCUGAGCUGAAGAAAAUCGAAGACCGUGAAUUGAUCAUGGAGGUUACCUUGGAAGAAAGCAAAAGCGCCUUUGCUCUCAAGAACUUUGGAAAGGUUCGCCUAUGUACACUCUCUUUGAAUUCCAUAAAUAUGGUGUUUAAUCACCUUCAGGCCAAAACGUCUUUGGUCAUGGCCAGAACAAAUGCAAACGGUGCCUAUGUCUCUACACAAAUGCAGGCCGCACUCGACUUACAGUCAGGAAUUCUCUACAGUGCUGACGAGAAAGACUUCAAGACGGCAUACUCGUAUUGUUAUGAGGCACUGGAAGGUUUUCUGAUCGCUGACCCACCUAAAGCAGUGCGAGCGCUCAAGUACAUGUGCCUAUGCAAGAUAAUGUUAAACGACGCUGCGGCGAUACCUCUGCUUCUCUCCAGCAAGACGAUCCAACCUGUUCGAGGUCGCGAUAUCGAUGCGAUGAAAUGCAUGGCGGAAGCGUUCACACAACGAAGCUUGAGCAAGUUCAAUAAGUGCCUGAAAGAUUACAAUCGAGAACUUUUGGGCGAUCCAGUAGUCGCUGCACACUCAAGGGAGCUCAGGGAUAACAUGCUUGAGAAGGUG